UUCGCUGUCAGCUUGCCUCGACCACGUAGCAGAUUCCUGGCAGAGGCAGGCGCUUGUGUCGACUCUCCUUCUCUUCUCACUCCCCUUUUCCCUGUCUGUGUUUCACGCACACGUACACGUACACGCAGACACCGCGUGGAUCACUUGCCAUGCAUGUGGAACCACGUAGCACCAGUUUUGGAUUGUGAGCAGCCUCACAAAGCCAGCCGGAGCCUGUCAUGGAUCUUUUUGAACUGGACUUUUUCCGAGACUGGGAGCUUGAACAACCAUGCCAUUUGGAGUCAGAGCGCAGUGUCUUGAAAAGGAGAGAAUGGGAGAGGAGGACUCAGGAGGUCCAACAGGAUGAAGAUUUGUUCUCGACUGGAUUCAACCUGUUUGGGGAACCUUACAAAACUAAUAAAGGUGAUGCAUUGGCGAGUCGGGUCCAGAACACGCUUGGCUCCUAUGAAGAAAUGAAAGACCUGUUAACCAGCCAUUCAAACCAGAGCCACUUAGUGGGAAUCCCCAAAGGCAGCAGUGCCAACAACAACACCAUGCAAACAGCAACCACUUCAGCAGACGAGAGAGCCACAAUGGAGUCCCAUCUUUUCAAUGAGACCCUGAAUGGAGGCCCAGGAGUGGAGGGGGGAGGAGUGGAAGGAGGUGGGGGAAAAAAGAUUGCGAAUGCGUCCUUGGCAUCCUCAAAUUCCAUGCAACCUCCUGCAUCAACAACAACGUCAUCGAGUGUGCAGACAUUGCCACAUCAGAAUUCCAAAAAGUCCAGGAGCUCCACAGAGAGGGCAAAAGGAGGCCAUACACAGAGCACCCCGGCAACAGGCCUCCAUCUGGGGUUGGAGCAAGGCCAAGGUCAGGCUCCAGGAGCUGCAAAUGAAAGGGGGAAAGUGUCGAUGUUUGAAGAACAGCAACUCCAAAGGCAUGAUGAGCUUUUCAGCUCACUGAAAGAUGAAUUAGGUCUGAAAAGAGAUUUAAGCCCUUCUUCUUCAUCUUCAUCCUCCUCUUCCUCCACCUCCUCUGGGAGACGACAUUCUUCACACCCCACAAAAACUCUUCCUCUCUUAGAUAGUGGAAAUUAUCGAUCUUCUACCAUGGAGGCAGGUCAUUGCAAGUCGUCAGGCUCCCCACUAGAAAUUGAACCAAGCUCUCACCUCUCCUCAUCCUCGUCCCCGCUGGCUUCCACAUCACUUUUGUCAACACCUGUACCUGGUCUAACCACUCCCACAUCUACAUUCCCACUUGGUGGCCUAUCAGGGAAGCCGAUUGCAGUGCAGCAGAAGCCAACAGCCUAUGUUCGCCCAAUGGAUGGCCAGGACCAGGCACCCAUUGACUCUCCUCAAUUAAAACCACUUCUGGUGGCCCCAGAGGGGUUCAACUGUGCUCAAACGUAUGGUGGAAACUCUGGGAACAUGAAGAAUAAACUGCCAAAACUGAGUCUGAGCCACACUGCGGAGGUCAACCUUCCAAAUGACUCCAGCUGUGUAGAAGAGAUCUUGCGGGAGAUGACUCACUCCUGGCCACCCCCUCUCACAGCCAUUCACACCCCUGGAAAAGCGGAUCAAACCAAGUUCCCCAUUCCGAGCAAGGAGUCGCAGCAUAUGACCUCAAGCUACAACACCCAGAAGCGAUGUACUGUAUCAGCUAGCAAGCCAGCUGCAAAACCACCAACUGCACCACAAAAGUCAAUGCUGGAGGAUGACCUAAAGAUCAGCAGUGAUGAGGAAGAGGCAGAGCAACAGGUAUCCAACAAGCCCAAAGCUAGAGCGACAGCUGUAAGUGGUGCAUCAGGGAGCAGCAGUGAAUCUGAGAGCAGCUCGGAGUCGGAGACCGACGAAUCGGAGAGCAGCUCCAGCGAUAGCGAGUAUAACCAGGCCACUCGCACCAACUCCCCUGAGCCUGAACCAUCCUCAACUAACAAGUGGCAGCUGGACAGCUGGUUGAACAAGGUCCAAGCUCAAACUAAACCUCUCGUGGCCCCACAGCAAGAUCAUCAUGGCGCAGGUUCUGUCACCCAGAGUCAGGAAACGUUCCCACAGCCCAGCGAAGCAGCAGGAGUGGGCGCGGCAGCCAAGACCAAACCCUGUGGGUCCAGCAGCACGGCGCUUCCCACAGUGCCAACAGUGGAGCACAAAGAUUCCAGGGGAACAUUCUGCCCAGGCAGAGAGAAAACGAAGGCCAAACUCACCCAGAAGGCAUCAGGGGAGGGUCAGAGGUCAAAGAUGAGGCUGUCGCCGGGAGUGAUGUCUGGAUCAGAGGUCGCCACACCGAGGAGGACCACUACAGGGAAGAAACAGCCCAGACGAACAGAAAGGUUGAACAGUGUGGAGGAUAAUCAGAGUCAGACAUGGAGCAGAUCAAACCAACUAAGUAGCCCUGCAGUGAGGGAAAAGGACAUGUACCCCCCUCCCUCCCUGGAGCAUCAGAACACUUCCAGGCCAAGAACCAAGCCUCCCAGUGGGAAAACAGCUCCCAGGAAAGAACCUCGCACUUCCACCAACUCAAACAACACAGUUGCACAACCAGUAGCACUACAGCAAACCACUGUGCCAAUACCUACUGUCAGUGUAAACCAGGACAAGAAAAAGCACAGAGGCCCGAGUAGCAAAAUCACACCGAAGUCCAGAGAGUUUGUGGAAACAGAUUCUUCCUCCUCCUCUUCGGAAUGCCAGUCGGAUUCAGAGGAAACCAUGAAAAUUUCUGCUUUGCCGCUUCAGUCAACACGUGCCGCAAUUAACACACAGCCUCAGUCCAACUGCUACACCCCACCUCGUCCCUGUUUUGGCUCAGCCGGCAGCAUGGGAAGUCUGGGAGUCUUCGGAGGGAAGGGACUUUGUGUCCGAGAUGGCAGCAGUGUGACCACCAAUAUUAAUAGUAGCACUAGUAGCAUUAGCAAUGGUGAUAGUGGAGGUAGUAGUAGCUGUAACACGCUAAGCAUUAUCAACAUAAGUGGUUCAUUCGGUACCUCCGUCCCUGACCCUGGAGGGUUAGGUGGACCGUACAAGAACCUGGAGUCCAUGUCACCACACUUCAACAUGGGACAAGAUUUUCCUCUUUCCCCACUUACGGAAUACCAGGAGACUCAGAGUCUAUGGGUGAAAAUUGACCUGACCUUGCUUAACAGGGUGCCAUCACAGGGUUUUGGUCAAGUAUCUAAGGUGGUGAUAAAAGAGCAAGACGGAAUUGAAAGAAGAGGAAGCGAGAGAGCAGGGGAAAGGGUCGUGGUGGCAGACCGAGAGAGACAAAAACAGGGUGACAGAGAGGGGCAAGGGCUCAGGGAUAGACCAAAGUUACCUAAAGGGGAGCAGCCGAACGAAAAAAAUGAGCCAUUAGUGCACGAAACAGAGAGGCAGUGUGACAGCAAUAGAUUAACAGAGAGGGACAGGCAGGCAGGCAGAGAGGAGAGAGAAAGGUUCAAUUUAGGAGAGAGAGACAAGGUGACAGAAAGAAGAGAGAAGGCAUGUCAGGGGCCCAGGGUCCUGGACAACCCCCCUGUGCAGGACAAGAGUCUCCCAAGGCUGCCCGGGAGGACGGAACGAGGAGAGAGUGGUGGAAAACACAGGAGGCAAGCUAAUGGCGGGAUGGUGGUUCCGACAGAGAAGCGCACCAGCAAGAGCAAGAGAAAACACAAGUUGGACCACAUGGAACCGUGUGGCAACAGCAAUAAGAAGCUACAAUUGGACAAAGACUGUCAGCUCCUUCCACCUUGUAUCUCUCCAAUACACAACCACAAAAACAACUCUAUGGAAUUUCUAAACAGGAAACAGUCCCGGCGGCAAGAUGAGAAGCUCCUUCCUCCGCUACUGUCCCCGCUUUCUGAAGAACCCCCUCAUAAACGUACCUGUGAAAGCAGUUCAUCUCUCAGCCAGGAUGGCGGCGCCACUUCCGUGGUGCCUUGCCCCAUCUCCUCCUCGACACACAGACACAGGAGAGGAGAAAGCAGAGCAUUGUCGCAUGCCAGAAAUGCUGCUACCAGUCUAACAGAUCAUCAUAGCAAGAAGCCCUUUGGUUCCCAUGCCAAUGGACAGUCUGACUCAGAUGCGUGGUCAGAACCACUGACAGAACCUGCAGAACCUUCUAGACCAAGACUGUCUUUUAGUGACACAGUCCACAGUGCAGACUACUAUAUGCAGGAGGCCAAAAGGCUAAAGCACAAGGCUGAUGCUUUGAUGGACAAAUUUGGUAAAGCAGUGAAUUACGCAGACGGUGCCCUCUCAUUCAUUGAGUGUGGAAAUGCUAUGGAACGUGAUCCUCUAGAAGCCAAAUCUCCAUACACAAUGUACUCGGAAACUGUGGAGCUAAUCAGGUAUGCCAUGAGGUUGAAGAACUUCACCAGCCACUCGGCCACCAUAGCUGAGAAGAAACUGGCUGUGUUGUGUAACCGCUGUCUGUCUCUGCUGUAUUUGCGGAUGUUCCAUCUGAAGAAAGACCAUGCUGUGAAGUACUCACGUUCGCUGAUGGAGUAUUUCAAGAACUCGGCAAAAAGCUCCCAUCAAGCACCGUCUCCCUGGAGGACCAAUGGAAAGAUCAACGGGACUCCGUCUCCACUCUCUCUCAGCCUGUCACCGGCCAGCGGCGGCAUUGGGGGAGGAGUAUCAGGAGGUGCACCAAAUUCGUCAGGCAGCAUAGCUAUUCCACAACGUAUCCACCACAUGGCGGCCAGUCACGUCAACCUCACCAACAACAUCCUACGCAGCUACGAACACUGGGAGACGGCUGACAGAUUGGCCACCGGUAGUCAAGAGUUCUUCCAGGAGCUGGACUCGCUGAUGGAGCCGUUAAGUCAGCAGAGCGGCAUGACCGAGCUGGUCCGUUACAUCAGACAGGGGCUGCACUGGCUCCGCAUUGAGGCUCACCUGCUGUAGGUGCUGGGCCAGAGCCAGCUUCAGUAUUAAAAAAAAAAAAAAAUCACAAAGCGGGCCUGGGAGCUAGAACUGGGGUCAUUGAGAUGACACACAUAAUGAUGCUGUAGUCCCCGCUGGGGUCCUUCAAAUGACUGAACACGCAGUCAUAACGUAAUGGCAUUGACUAGGUGGAUUUAUUGGGCAAAAAAAAUCAAUCCGCACUUUGGAAAUAACAGUAACUACAUCUUUUGAAUGUGAUUCACCGAGUACAAAUUAGCAUAAUUAAAUUGAUGCGCCUCUUUGGAGAGACAACAGUUACACUCGGAUACGUGUUGUUUCAAAUUCCUCCCUGAAAAGGAAUAUAAGUUACUGUAGAUGUAUUUGAAACAAGAUGGGAUCAUUUUCAAAAGGAAAUGUUCAAGCUGGUUGUGAUUAAAGAGGCUGAUGCUUGGAAGGAAGCUCUAUAGAGGCUCCAAGGACCACGUUGUCUGAUAUUGAUCCAGCUGCCAAAGUACUGGUCCAAUACACCAAUUAGAUAGGCGGCACACAGGUAAAGAGGCUUUCUUGUAAACAUUACAAAUUAUUUAUGAUCAUAAGAAAUGAAGGUUCUUGCGCUCUAAAUUCUCUUGUGGUAAUUUAUUGCAAAGUCAUCGGAUGUUUCAUUGUGUGAUUUUGUCCUUUUUGUUGAUUUCAUUUUUUGAAUUAAACAAAUAUAGUUGCAUUUUCAGCAACUGAAGUGAACCGUUCUGCUGUACACAGUUAAUUUGAGGCUCUCUUUUGGCACUUUAAUGUUUGACUUACAAUUGUGGAUUACAAUACACUAUUAGAAGUUGACAGUGGUUUUCCAAAUUAGUUUGCUGCCGUCUGAGGGGUUCCUAGAUCGCAUGUUUACAACUUAAUCUGCUGAUUAGUUAUUUUUAAGGCUACCUCCUUUGGACUAAAUCCUGACUACAAUCAUUAGCUGACAAUGCCCCUUUUAAAUUACCUUAUUAUUCCCAACACUUCUAAAUAGCCCGAGCUGGUGUGUGAGGUCGAGAAGUUCCGACUCGAUAUAGUCGGACUCGCCUCCACACACACCUGGGGCUCUGGUACCAGUCCUCUCGAGAGGGGUUGGACUCUCUUCCACUCUGGAGUUGCCCAUGGUGAGAGGCGCCGAGCAGGUGUGGGUAUACUUAUUGCCCCCCGGCUCGGCGCCUGUACGUUGGGGUUCACCCCGGUGGACGAGAGGGUAGCCUCCCUCCGCCUUCGGGUGGGGGGACGGGUCCUGACUGUUGUUUGUGCCUAUGCACCAAACAGCAGUUCAGAGUACCCACCCUUUUUGGAGUCCUUGGAGGGGGUGCUGGAGAGCGCUCCCGCUGGGGACUCCAUUGUUCUGUUGGGGGACUUCAAUGCUCACGUGGGCAAUGACAGUGAGACCUGGAAGGGCGCGAUUGGGAGGAACGGCCCCCCCGAUCAGAACCCGAGCGGUGUUCUGUUAUUGGACUUCUGUGC